AUGAAUAUUAAAAUUACAUCAUUUACAAAUCCUUUUUCUUUUUUUUGUGUGAAUGAAGAUUAUAGUGAUCAUAUAAAGUUAAACUUAAUUGAUAGUAACCCGGGUGAGGUGCCUAAAAAUAUAUCAAAUAAACUAAUAGAUGCUAACCAUGGUCAAUACGUAGCAGUUAUGUGGAAAAAUAAAUGGGCCCGUGGCGUUAUAUCUAUGCAGUCACAAUUUUUAAUUUGGCUCAUAGAUUACGGUAUAUUCUUGCGUCCAAAUGAAAAUACCAUUUUCAUAGAUCUUCCUUCAGAGUAUCGAAAACAACCAACGAAAAUAUUUGAAGCAAGCAUCCAUGGCGUAGCUCCUUUAGACAAAGUACUAAGUGAAGAUUGCCAAAUUAAAAAUGAAAUAACAACUUCAUGGACACAAGGUUCCAUUGAAAAGUCUCAGAAACUAAUAAGAAGUGCAACGAAAAUAUUUUUUCAGCCUUUUGCUCUUCUUGAAACAGCACAUAAUGAAGUGCUUCUUGGUGAUUUGUUUCUUGAAAUAGAAGGAAAGGAUCCAGUAAAUAUAAUUGAUGAACUUGAAAGUUGGCCUAUAUUCUUGGAAAGAAAUAGUGAAGUCUAUAUUAAAAAUUUGCAUAAAAUGUAUACAAAUGGAAGAAUUCAUAGUUUGUGUUCAUAUAAACCAGACUUACCGGAUUUGCCUAAAAUAUCAUGUAAUAUAAGCUUAGAUGAAUAUAUAUCAAAGGUAGAACAAAUGCCAAAGCUAGAUACUAAGUUUGAAUAUGAUUCUCUCUGUGGUGAAAGCACUGCAGUGGAAUUUUCUGAAAAUAAAGACAAAAGGGAAAUAAAAAUAACACCAACAGAUAUAGAAAAGUAUUCCAAUAGCUAUAUAACUAUUAAUGGCCGUGAGUAUAAUGUGUUAACCAUGCUAAUUAAUAAAGCCAGAGAUUUAAAUAUUUGUGAAAGAUAUAAAGAUCAUGACCUUAAAUCUAUUGGUAGAGGUUGUUCAUAUAGAUCGUCUUUUAUU